AUGGCUUUCCAAUCCGAGGGCAUCUGUUCCCUUCAAACAGAAAUCGAUGUUGUUCAUUCAGCCAUGCAAUCAGUUCUUCAACGGCUGUUAACAACAACACAAGAUGUUUCCAAUGAUCCUAUCAUUAAAGUCGCAGAGGCGAAAGAUAUCCCUACCCUCAAACAUAUCGGUACUCCUGGUGAUGCUCACUCCGUUGAACAAGUCAUUGAUGAGGCUUUCAUUGCGUUUGACAACCGCAUGAGAGUAAAUCAUCCUCGUUUCAUGGGCCUCAUACCAUCACCAACCUCUCCUAUUGCCUGGCUGGGUGACUGCAUUGCCAGCGCUUUUAAUGCUUUGGGCGCCUCUAAGCUCCAAGCAUCCGGGCCUGUUGUGAUUGAAAAGACUUUGAUCGAGUGGCUCGCAGGUCGCGCCGGAUUCCCGUCCACAGCAGGGGGCGUGUGCGUCUCCGGCGGCUCAAUGGCAAAUUUGAUGGCAAUUGUUCUGGCUCGCGAUCGUAUUGUUCCCCUCAGGGAGCACCAGGAACGGGCAGUGGCCUAUCUAUCAGAUCAGACACAUUAUUCAAUUGCUAAGGCGCUACGGCUGCUUGGGUUUGCCAAAUCUCAAGUAAGACAGCUCCCCGCAGACGACAACUACCAGCUAAGCCCACGCCGCCUCGAGGCGGCAAUGCGGGCCGACCGUGAGAACGGGCUGGUCCCAUUUCUCGUCGUUGGAACAUGCGGUACGACAAACACGGGAGCGGUUGACCCCCUGGCUGAAAUUGCCCAAGUAUGCAAGGGCCAAGGGGCAUGGUUCCAUGUUGAUGGAGCAUUUGGGGCGACGGCGACGUUAUCAGCCACCAGAUCAAGCACCGUCCGCGAGAUCAGACAUGCGGACAGCAUGUCCUGGGAUGCGCAUAAAUGGCUGUUCCAGACAUAUAGCUGCGGCCUGCUCCUGGUGAAAAAUAGGAGCCACCUGGUGUCAAGUUUCGCAAACGAAGGCGACUACCUCCGCGAUGGCGUUGCUCUGGAAGACGAAGAGAUACCCAACUUUUGGAACUACACUAUGGAGCUCACACGGCCGUCCUCCCGUGCAAUGAAGCUGUGGUUUACAUUACGGGUAAUGGGUGUGGAUAGAAUUGGAAAGAUGAUUGACCAUGGGUUUGCUCUCGCAGAGAGAGCUGAGGAGGAAUUGCGCAAGCUUCCGGACUGGGAAAUUACAAGUCGUGCAAGCGUGGGCGUUAUCACAUUUCGAUAUGCGCCCAAGGAUGCCUCGGCGGACAGGCUUGACGAGAUCAAUACGGCUGUGUCUCGGAGCCUGGUGUCCAAUAACACAGCUGGCAUUCUGACCACCAAGGUCCGUGGCAAAGUUGCGUUGAGAAUAUGUGCUCUAAGCCCUCAUCUGAGCCUUGAGGAAAUGUCCGAAAUAGUGAAAACGGCGGAUCAGCUUGCGAGAGAUUUACAAAAGGGGAAUUCUAGGGAGGCAUGA